AUUGUCUAGGAAAUUAUGGCAAUUACUCGAAUUCGUAAUUUCAAUAGGUGAAGCUCACUCAGAGUCUCACAGACCCUUUUCCAUGGCGCUGCUGGCUCUUGGUGGGUGUGCAAGGAUAUGCGUGCCACGCCCUGCUCACGUUAGACACAGAGGCGCUGCGUUUGCGUUUGCCACUCUAUCUCCAUCUCGAGGUCAUGCCGCCGGCGACUGGGUCGAAGCAACUUCGACCUUUUUCGAACAAGACACGAGGCCCAUCAUGUUAUUUGAUGGUGUAUGCAACUUAUGUAAUGGGGGUGUGAGGGUUGUGCGUGAAAAUGAUCGAAAUAGGAGAAUUAGGUUUGAACCUCUCCAAAGUGAAGCAGGCAAGAAAUUACUUAGGAGGUCGGGAAGGGCUCCUGAUGAUAUCUCCAGUGUUGUACUUGUUGAGAGGGAAAGGUCAUACAUCAAGUCAGAAGCUGUGCUGAAGAUAAUGGAAUACAUAGACGUACCCUUCCCCCAGUUAGCAUUUUUUCUACAGUUUGUGCCUCUGUUCAUAAGGGAUUUUGCAUAUGAUAAUGUGGCAAACAACCGUUACACAAUUUUUGGCCGCUCCGAAUCAUGUGAGAUAUGAACAUCUUUACUCAUUGUACUUAGCACAUGUUCUAUAUAAGUAUAUAUCAUAAAGUCCAGAAAUAAGGUUCCUCCGUUUGGUGAUUGAAGAUGUAAUCAUAUUUAUUGAUUGAACCUUCUGUGUAUAUUAUGUGGCUUUGCUUUUCUAA